UGAAAAGAUAAAUGAAUAGAAGGGAAAAAAAUUAAGAAAAAAAAUAAGAAACGCUUUAAUAAACGUGAAAAUUAUUUUAAAAUAGAAAAAAAAAAAAAAUUUUUUUUUUUGUGAUUUUAAUUCUCAUAAUAAAUAAAAAUCUUAUACAACACCUACAUAUAUACAAAUGUACAUAUAAUAAAAUAUUUGUUGUGUGGUGGAAAAUAAUUGUGGUGUGAUCAAAUUCUGCAGAGAGUGAAAGUGUGAAAGUUUUAAAAAGAAAUUUUUUAAUAACAAAAGAAAAAUAAUUUUAAUUAUGUUUGAUCAAAAUGAAAAAUAUUCAAAUAAUGAAAUUAAAAUCAUAAGUAAAAUAAAAAAAAGUUGAUCAAUUCGAUAAAUUGCUAUUAUAAUUAAAAUUAAUUAGUUCCAUCAUUAUUCAAUUAGAAUCAUUUAAAAAAUAAAAUUAAAUUAUAACAAAAUAAAUAAGGAACAAAAAAAAUAUUAAAAUGGCAUCUACUAAAGCAACUGUCACAUUCGAAGAUGAAAUAAAUAAGUCAAAAGAAGAACCAACUGAACAAAAUAAACAAAAUAAUAAAAUUGCUAACAGUAAUAAUAAACAAGAAAAUGGCGGCCCAAUUUCUAAUACUGGACCUGAUGUUAAUUUAUCAAAAGAAGUUCUAAAUGAUUUGUACAUUUCAUAUUCAAUUAAACAAAGACAACCUGCCAUGGUAGUUUUUUUGAGUGCAAUAAUAUUAUUUGACAUUUGGUGUAUAAUUACACCACAUGGAUUUUGUUGGAAAACUUUAGGUAUUUUUGCUGGUAAUGCUGUUUGUAGCCUAAUAUUAUUAAUUCUGAUAUAUUUUCGAGGCUCGAAAUUAAAUAAGAAAAUAUGGAAACCUUUAACAUUUCCUAUUUGGUUCUUAGUUAUAGCACAAGUAGUUUUCUUUUCUAUAUUAAAACCAAUUUUAACAAUCAGAGAACUAUUAGGAUGGACCAUUUUAAUUGUAUUUCUAAUUUAUGUAACAUUUCCUUUACAAUUAAUAUUUAUUGGAGGUUUCUAUGGCUUGGGUUUCAAAAUAGUUUAUUUAAUUUUAAUGUUUAUUUAUGCAAUACAUGAUUCCUAUUUUGGAGAGCAAUUUACAGCCACUUUAAUUGUAAUUUUAUCAUCGACCAGUAUUGGAUUAUUAGCAUUUCUAGUUGGUGAAAGAAAACAGAAAAGAGCAUUUUUAGAAGCCAAAAAAAGUUUAGAAGUUAAAAUGAUAAUUGAAGAACAAUCAGAAGAACAAGAAAAAUUAUUAUUAUCAGUAUUGCCAGAACAUGUUGCUGUUAAAAUGCGACAGGAUCUCGGAUCAAAAAAUUCUGAACAAUUUAAAAAAAUAUAUAUGAGUCGGCAUGAAAAUGUUAGCAUUUUAUAUGCAGAUAUUGUUGGUUUUACAGCCAUUUCGUCCACAUAUAGCGCACAAGAUUUAGUAAAAAUGUUAAAUGAAUUAUUUGCACGAUUUGAUAAGUUAGCUGAGAAAUAUCAACAAUUAAGAAUAAAAAUUUUGGGAGACUGUUAUUAUUGUAUAAGUGGAGCGCCUAUAGAACGGCCUGACCAUGCUGUAUUAUGUGUACAUAUGGGACUAUCAAUGGUAAAAGCAAUAAAAUACGUGCAGCAAAAAACUAAUAGUCCAGUUGAUAUGAGAGUUGGAAUACAUACUGGUGCUAUUUUAGCUGGAAUAUUAGGACAACGUCAAUGGCAAUUUGAUGUCUACUCAAAAGAUGUUGAGUUAGCAAAUAAAAUGGAAUCAAGUGGGAAAGCUGGACGUGUUCAUAUAUCGGAGAAAACAUUGGCAUUUUUAAAUGGUGAAUUUGGUAUUGAACCAGCUUUUGGUGAAAAAAGAGAAGAAGCACUUAGAAUUGCUGGUUUAAAAACAUAUUUUAUAACAAGUGUUUUAAAACCGUUUGUUUCAUCUGAACAUAAAAUAAAUGGAAUAACACCAUCAGGUACAUCUGGUGAUAUAAGCGAUGAUGAUAAUGAUGGUACAACUGAACCGGAUGCCACAGAAAUAGUUCCAGAUGAAGACUCAAAAGCGAACUCAGAAGACACCAAAAACAAAGAAGAAGUAUUUAAACAACGUUUGCGCAACGAAUUAUUUAAAAAAGAUGACAUUAGGGAUUUGUCAAAAGAUACAACGAUAUUUUUGACUUUUAAAGAUAAAGAACUAGAAAAAUUAUAUGUAACACAAAGAGAAUCAUGUUCACCAUAUCUCCUAAUGGCCGCUCCAAUUGUGCAAAUAACUGAUGUUUUAUAUUCUUCUUUAGCUUUGCCAAGGUUAUGGCAACAUUUUCUAAUAGUUUUAGUACCACUUACAGUUAUUGCCGCUUUAGUAUUAUUUUUAAUGGCAGAAAGUUUUCAAAAGGUUUUUCCUGAAUUUUUUUACAAAAUAAGUAAAAAAAUUAAUGAUAUUGUACUGCUUAGAAAAACUACUGCUGUACUAAUAAUUUUGACAAUGGGUUUAUCUAAUUUAAUUGAUAUGUGGUUUUAUGCUUCAUUGUAUAACUAUAAGACUGAUUCUUUAAAUUUUACAACAAAAGCAAUGUCAGUAAAUAACAGCUUUGAAAAUAUUUCAGAAAUAAUCAAAGAAACUGUACCUAAUUUUACUAAAAAACAAAUAAAUAAUUUUGACACCGAUUUUACAGAAGAUAAUUUAAAUUUUCCAUCAUAUAUGAGUAAUUUUUGUAUAUUAAUAUUAAUUGCAAUAGCUGUGAUCGCUCAGUUAACGCAUAUAUGUAAAGCUUUAUUAAUGAUUUCAAUUUCAAUAUUACAUUGCAUCUUCAAUAUAUUUUUGUUAAAUUAUUCAUAUGAAUUUGAAGAUUUUUAUGCAUCAUUUCCGAAUAUUUCUGUGAAAUACUCUGUGUCAUUAACAUUACUUUUAGCUGCUUUAAUAUUAUCAUUUUUAGCGAGACAUAUGGAUAAAGAAGAUCGUGUUAUAUUUAAAUGGAAAAAUGAAGUUGCUGGACAAAAUGAAAAGGUUAGUGAUAUGCGUAGACGCAACGAAGCUUUAGUUUAUAACAUUCUUCCUGUUCAUGUGGCUGAACAUUUUAUGAAAAAUCGUAAAAGAUCACAUGAUUAUCUUUAUUCACAAAGUUAUGCUGAAGUUGGUGUAUUAUUUGCUAGUAUGCCUAAUUUUACUGAUUUUUAUUCAGAAGAAACAGUUAACAAUCAAGGUCUUGAAUGCCUUAGAUUUUUGAAUGAAGUGAUCUCAGAUUUUGAUGCGCUAUUAGAAUUACCUAAAUUUCAAGAUGUUAUUAAAAUAAAAACAAUUGGUUCCACUUAUAUGGCUGCAAGUGGAUUAAAUCCAGCACGUGAAAUUGCACCAAAUGAUUCGAUUACUGUAAGAUGGGCACAUUUAUCACAUUUAGUAGAAUUUGCAUUAGAAUUAAAGAAAGCUUUACAAGGGAUUAAUGAACAAUCAUUUAAUCACUUUGUUUUAAAAAUGGGAAUUAAUCAUGGUCCAAUAAUAGCUGGUGUUAUAGGAGCUAGAAAACCACAUUAUGAUAUAUGGGGUAAUACAGUUAAUGUUGCUUCAAGAAUGGAAAGUACUGGAAAAGCUGGUUAUAUUCAAGUUACUGAAGAAACAAUGUUAAUAUUGCGAGAAUUUGAUUAUAAAUUUAUACAGCGAGGUCUUGUAGCUGUUAAAGGAAAAGGACAAUUAAUGACUUAUUAUUUAAUGGGCAAAUCAGUUGAAGGAAACACAUCAAUUUCACCCCAAUCAUUGAAAACAGUUAAUCCACCCGCCGAUCCGGAUGUACAAAAUUUAAUGAAUGAAGAACCAAAAGUUUGUCAUAAUAAUUUAGAGAGUCCUUCCAAAGAGAAACAUAAUUUACAUAAUGGAAGAGAAAAUUUAAAUAAUGAAAUAAAAGCGAAUACAGAUCAAGAUAUUGAAAUAGAAGAUGCAAAAACACCAUUAUUACAUAAGACAAAUGAUCCAAGUGAUGGAUGUUCAAAUAAAUUAAAUAAUUUUUCAAAUGAGGAGCACAAUUAUUUAAUAAGUAAAUCAACAAAAAAUAAUGAUAUAACAUCAAACCCUUAGCAAAUUUAGUAAAAAACAAAAAAAAAUUAAAAUUAAAUUAAAAAUAUUAUUAAGAAAGAAAGCAAACCUAAAAUUAUUGAAAACAAUCUAAAAAAUAUUAUAUACAUAAAUGUAA